CUGCUUCUAAGCACGAUGAAGAUUGCUCUUGUUCUGUUGGGUUUCUUGGCCAUUUCACAGGGAUUCAGGAUCCCGAUGGUCGACAAGAUCUCUAGUGUCUUGGAUAAAGGCUUGAGCAAGGUGAAGGGGGCUAUUCAGGGUCGUUUACCACAUUACCGUCCGAUUGAUGAUGUAUCAGGAUUUGAGCCAAUUUAUGAUGAUGAUGACGAUGAUGUAGAAGAUGAUGAUGAUGAUGACGAUGUUGAUAAUGAGGAGCAGGAAAAUCCAGAACCUGAAGCAGUCUCGACAGAAGAUCCAGAGCCAGAACCUGAAGCAGUCUCGACAGAAGAUCCAGAGCCAGAACCUGAAGCAGUUUCGACAGAAGCUUCAGAGUCAGAACCUGAAGCAGUCUCGACAGAAGCUUCAGAGUUAGAACCUGAAGCAGUCUCGACAGAAGCUCCAGCACCUUCAUCUGCUCCAGUAGCUCAACCUGAAGCUCCGUCAACCUCUGCUCCAGUAGCUCAACCUGAAGCUCCGUCAACCUCUGCUCCAGUAGCUCAAUCUGAAGCUCCGUCAACCUCUGCUCCAGUAGCUCAACCUGAAGCUCCGUCAACCUCUGCUCCAGUAGCUCAAUCUGAAGCUUCGUCAACCUCUGCUCCAGUACCACAACCUGAAGCUCCAUCAACCUCUGCUGCAGUAGCUCAACCUGAAGCUCCAUCAACCUCUGCUCCAGUAGCUCAAUCUGAAGCUCCGUCAACCUCUGCUCCAGUAGCACAACCUGAAGCUCCAUCAACCUCUGCUCCAGUAGCUCAACCUGAAGCUCCAUCAACCUCUGCUCCAGUAGCUCAACCUGAAGCUCCGUCAACCUCUGCUCCAGUAGCACAAACUGAAGCUCCGUCAACCUCUGCUCCAGUAGCACAACCUGAAGUUUCGUCAACCUCUGCUCCUGUAGCACAAACUGAAGCUCCGUCAACCUCUGCUCCAGUAGCUCAACCUGAAGCUCCGUCAACCUCUGCUCCAGUAGCUCAACCUGAAGCUCCAUCAACCUCUGCUCCAGUAGCUCAAUCUGAAGCUUCGUCAACCUCUGCUCCAGUAGCACAAACUGAAGCUCCAUCAACCUCUGCUCCAGUAGCACAACCUGAAGUUCCGUCAACCUCUGCUCCAGUAGCUCAACCUGAAGCUCCAUCAACCUCUGCUCCAGUAGCUCAACCUGAAGCUCCGUCAACCUCUGCUCCAGUAGUACAAACUGAAGCUCCGUCAACCUCUGCUCCAGUAGUACAAACUGAAGCUCCAUCAACCUCUGCUCCAGUAGCACAACCUGAAGCUCCAUCAACCUCUGCUCCUGUAGCUCAACCUGAAGCUCCGUCAACCUCUGCUCCAGUAGUACAAACUGAAGCUCCGUCAACCUCUGCUCCAGUAGCACAACCUGAAGCUUCGUCAACCUCUGCUCCAGUAGCACAAACUGAAGCUCCAUCAACCUCUGCUCCAGUAGCUCAACCUGAAGCUCCGUCAACCUCUGCUCCAGUAGCUCAACCUGAAGCUCCGUCAACCUCUGCUCCAGUAGUACAAACUGAAGCUCCGUCAACCUCUGCUCCAGUAGCACAACCUGAAGCUCCGUCAACCUCAGCUUCAGCAACAGUUUAAUAAGUAACUAGUGAUUCAACAGAACUUGAACACAUCGAUUCAACAUUUCUAGAGUGAAUAAAAAAAUAAAAUUCUGAAAU